AUGCCGAAUAGAUCACAGCGUGCUGUUAUUAUGAUACGUCGUUACUUUCCACCAUUAUCUGAACUGCAUAAAAGUUUUAAAUUGCGCAGUAAAGAAUAUUUAAGCGAAAAUACUCUUCAUGGAUUUCGAUAUUUUGUGGAUUCAAGUCGUCCAACUUGGGAAAGGUUAAUUUUUUGGUUUGUCUGCACAAUUGCGUCAUUAUGCACAGCUUUGGGGAUUAUUGUUACUAUUUUGCAACGAUUUCAAACAAAUCCAACUCUAACUGGCACAAUGAUUGACAAGACAAAUUGGUCUAUUACUUUACCAAGUAUAAUUAUUUGUAUGACAUCAGAUUAUAUAGAUUUAUCUCGAGUAUCUGAGGAUAAGACAAAUAUUUAUCAGGCAUUCUAUGAUUGGGAUUGGGAGCCAAUAGUAAAUAUCACAUUGCCGAAAUCAUCACAAGUAUCGAGUGAUAUAUUUUUUCAAAUAACACCAGCUUGUGAUAAUAUAUUGACAGAUUGCUAUGAUCACCUCUAUUUAUUGCAGAUGGAUGAAGAUAUACCAACACGUGACACUCCAAUAAGUUAUACUUUAAAACGAAAUAUGAAUUUGAUGAUUUCAACUGUAAGAACAGAUGCUUCUGAAGAACUGCGUUUUUUAACCCGUUCCCAACGAAGUUGCAUAUUUUAUGACGAAGAUAUUUCAUACAACAAUUGUGUUUUAGAAUGUCAAAAAAAGACAAUUCGUAAAAUAUGCGGAUGUCUUCCAUGGUUCCUAAGUAAAAACAGGCAAGAGGAAUGUAGUAUAGAGAAAUAUUCUUGUCUAUCAGAUAAUGCAGAGCGCUUGCGUAGACCAACAUGUGAAUCUGAAUGUUACCUUUAUUGUAGUCAUACAUCUUACACAUUUGAGAGCAUUGCCAAUAGUUAUGUAACAGUUGUCACAACCAGGUGGCCUAUUGUCCGCUACAGAAGAGAAGUACGAUUUGGUUGGCUAGAUCUAGUCGUUUCGUUCGGUGGUAUUAUGGGACUAUUUCUGGGCUAUUCUAUUCUUACGACAGUUGAAUUAAUUUAUUAUUUUUCUUUAAGAUUUUAUUGUGGUGCUGUUGUUGCAUAUGAUACUGAUGUUAAUAUUAAGCUUAAAAAAAUUAAAGUUAAACAAAUUAAAGAAAAUAACAUGCAACUUACAGUUCCAACUAUAAAGUAUUAUGAUUAUAUCGAAUAA